AUGGAUGUUUUACCGAGUUACGACGAAGAUUUGCAUCAAGAAGCUAGCAACAUGGCGCACGAGCACACCGCGCCACCUAUGGACAUCGCGCUCUUGCUUCAGGAAAUUCGGUCCGGGAAUCAAGCCCUGAGUGACAAACUGGACAAACACACGACAGAGAUCAACCAGUCUAUCUCGGGGCUAAAGACAGCACUCGAUGGUUUAAAGUCCCGUGUUAACGAAACGGAGGACCGCAUAGGAGCAGUGGAGGAUGAGCUGAGUGACGUGAGCGCCCAGGUGGCCAAACUUAUAAAAGACAAGACAUUCUUAAUGGAUAAAGUUGACUCACUCGAGAACUACAGCAGGCGCAACAACAUUCGUUUACUAAACCUGCGGGAAGGUUGUGAAGAGCGAGCGCACCGAACACUCGGUCCGAAACCAUCCGCAAGCGAGAGACCCAGACCUGUGCUGAUCCGGCUGCUGAACUACCAAGAUCGGGAGAAAAUACUACGCACUGCUGCAAAGCGAUACAAGGAAAACAAGAGUCCUAUAACGUACGAGGACAGACCUCUUAUGUUUUUCCCUGAUUUAAGUCCGAACCUGGUGAAGCGGCGUAAGGAGUUCGACCAUGUGAAGAGAGAGCUGCGCUCCAGGAAUAUACAUUUCAAACUGGGCUCCAACAGGGAUAAAAUAUCUUGGUGGGGGGGGGGGGGGGGGGGGGGGGGGGGGGGGGGGGGGGGGGGGGGGGGGGGGGGGGGGGGGGGGGGGCGCUGA